AAACUAAAGCAGCAUUGUUCAUGUUUAUGAGUCAUAUAUGGCUAAUUGCGCUGUGAUUAACUCGUCAGAUGGCAAAGAACAGCUAAAAUAGAAAACAGAAUCUUGACUUCGCCCUCCACCUCUCCGCUCUAAAACUGUACCCCACCCCCUUCCCGGGAAAUAGUGUCAGUAGGUAGGCUUCGACUGAAACCACAGACAGCAUUGCAUCUUUGUAUGAAGCGCACAUUGCGCAGAAGAGGAAACCUAUGGGAAAACACAGCAGCUCUUUCCUGAUAUCGCCCUCCCUAGAUAUAACAUAUUUCCUGCAAGAAGACUAACGCCUGGGGAAAGGACUCUUAAGCGACUUGAUGGAGAGAGGAACUGUGGAAUCAACCGGACAGUAAUUUUUUUUUUUUUACCAAAGUCUAUUACGUUCUUCAGGGUGGUUUAACUGUAUGCAGAUCCUAUCUCAUGCGGACUAGACAAAGCAGCAGGAGGAGGUUUGUGAACUGAGUCCUGUCCGACACCAACGGUUUCAAUCUUACACAUGUACGGACCUUUUAAAGAGCAUUGUAUGUGCUCCUUCAACAAAUUUCAGUUAUUGUCUAAUUAUUACGCAGAAGUUACAUUGGAUAUAUGGAGUGCUGAAACAUCUGCAACUUUCAACUCGAGGUCUGGACUUCUCGGUGAAUCUCUAAUGCCUACCUGCGUCGUUCUGAGCUGGAUGAGAAUUGAGCAUCGCACCAAAGAAUAUACAGAAGCCAAUUGAUCACAAACUAUAGCCUCCUAAAUUACGACUGGCUUGUCACUAACUUGCACCUGUUUUUUUACAGCGUUAACUACCUAUUAGUCACAAAAUCCGUUCCGUGGUAAUUUUGUCAUGUGUCGGUAAGGCUAUACUUUUUGGCAAUAUAUAGCUAGGGAUAGGCUAUACCAUUUUUCGGAUCCUUUCGACUUGAAAUCAAUUGCGCAUAACAGUGAAACAAUUGCAGCAGCCACAAUUAACACUCUGUAGCCCAAUUUAGUGGACUGCAGAUAUUAAUCUUCGAGAUUAAUCCUUUCUUCCGUUGUCCUCAUAGUAUGUCUGCACUUAGAAAGAAAUUUGGUGACGAUUACCAGGUAGUGACCACCUCAUCGAGCGGCUCUGGCUUUAACCAGCCAGCUCCAGAGAAGAAAAGGAAGAGGCAGCGCUUUGUGGACAAGAAUGGGCGAUGUAACGUCCAGCAUGGAAACCUCGGUGGAGAAACCAGCAGAUAUCUCUCAGACCUCUUCACCACCCUUGUAGAUCUGAAAUGGCGUUACAAUUUGUUUAUUUUUAUCCUUACUUACACUGUGGCUUGGCUGUUCAUGGCCUCAAUGUGGUGGCUUAUUGCCUAUAUAAGAGGAGACCUCCACAGAGCUCACGAUGACAAAUACUCGCCAUGUGUCGCCAAUGUUUAUAACUUUCCAUCUGCGUUCCUUUUCUUCAUUGAGACCGAAGCCACUAUAGGCUAUGGCUAUAGGUACAUUACAGACAAAUGUCCCGAGGGGAUCAUACUCUUUCUGUUUCAGUCAAUUCUUGGAUCAAUAGUCGAUGCAUUUUUAAUCGGUUGUAUGUUCAUUAAGAUGUCUCAGCCCAAGAAAAGAGCUGAGACACUGAUGUUCAGUGAACACGCGGCCAUCUCUAUGAGGGAUGGAAAACUCACUCUGAUGUUCAGAGUCGGUAACCUGCGCAACAGCCACAUGGUCUCAGCACAGAUACGCUGCAAAUUGCUCAAAUCUCGGCAGACGCCCGAAGGCGAGUUUCUUCCGCUGGAUCAGUUAGAGUUAGAUGUGGGCUUCAGCACCGGGGCGGAUCAGCUCUUUCUCGUGUCACCGCUCACCAUCUGUCACGUGAUCGACACUAAAAGUCCAUUCUACGAACUCUCCCAGAGGUCAAUGCAAACGGAGCAGUUUGAAAUUGUUGUAAUCUUGGAAGGCAUCGUGGAAACUACAGGCAUGACUUGCCAAGCGCGGACGUCGUACACGGAGGACGAGGUCCUGUGGGGCCACCGCUUCUACCCCGUCAUCUCCCUGGAGGAGGGCUUCUUCAAGGUGGACUACUCCCAGUUCCACGCCACCUUUGAGGUGAACACACCGCCCUACAGUGUGAAGGAGCAGGACGAGGCGCUGCUCAUGUCCUCUCCGCUCAUGGCGCCCUCGCUGUGCAACAGCGGAGAGCGCAACAGCCUGGACUGCCUGGAGCUCCUGGAGGACACGGAGAGCGCCACCAAGCUGCCGGCUAAGCUGCAGAAGAUGACGGGCCGCGAGGGGCUGCCCAGGAAGCUGCUGCGCAUGAGCAGCACCACGUCGGAGAUGACUUAUAGCCUGGGCGACCUGCCCAUGAAGCUGCAGCGCAUCAGCUCCGUGCCCGGGGUCGCCGAUGCCGACAAGCACAUGGGCUCGGCCAAGACGGCCAGGAUGGGCGCCGACCCCAUGAGCCAGUCGGUGGCGGACUUGCCGCCCAAGCUGCAGCGACUGGCCGGCGGCAGCGGCGGCCGCAUGGACGGCCACUUGCCGCCGAAACUGAGGAAGAUGAACUCGGACCGCUUCACGUGAAGACGGGACCUAAAGGGGUAGAUGCACUCCUCUGAAACCUCAUUCCACUGGAACACUUCUAAAAUAUUAUCCAGGACAAUGUUCUUAUUUCACAAAGUGAUGCACAGUCUACAUGCACACACAACAUAAACCUUAUCUGUAGUAGGGUAAUUUACUAAAGCACCAUGUUGUUUCUGGAUGCAUUGUAUGUAUCUAUGCGGUGAACAAUUUCCUCUUGAUUACUUCAGGUUCCAUGUAAUUAGCACAAUCUGGCAUGUAUCAAACACUAAGUGCAUGUUGUUUAAUAUUUCUCUUAUUUAUUUCUGGCAUGCCUCUUUUGUAUAUAUUAGUUCACAGAGAUUAUUGAGGUAGUCGACGAACUUGCCAAGACACUGGGGAUCAGAGUAUACACAAACUGUUGUGUUUGCAGCAGAAGAAAAACAGUCCACGAAUAACACAUUUUCAUUCCGUGAUUUUAUUGUUUAUGCAUGUUCUAAAUUGUCCUAGCUAGACAGAGGUAAUAUGUACAGAUGUUUAGCCUUAAAUAUAUGACCUUGUUUAUGUUUAUAUGCUGGUUUCCACAGUUUCUUCAAGGCAGAUUGUUUGGUACUCCAUUUAUCAGUGAUAAACACAAAAAUAUUGUUCGAGGUUCAAAGACAGGACACAACUAUUCUUGUUACAAUUCAACUUGCAUUCUACGUCUAUUACACAGAACCUCAGUGCACAAUAUGAAACAAAUGCUGAGGAAUAUUACUCAUACUCAUACUGAACACACGCGCGGUUCGAAGAAAGGCCUCACCUCUUCGGCUUUAAUCAUUCCAGAGCAUGAGCUCUCCUUGCACCCGGGAUCAGAUCAAAUGCGUGAAAUGUCAUUGUUUGAUCGACAGUGUCGCCGCAGUUCCCUCCCUGUUAUUUAGCAUUCCACUAACCAUCUGCCACGCCAGAAAUAUCACAGGAAAUGAAACCUCUGAUAAGGAUUUGCCCAUCUUCCCAUCUUUGUUUAAAGAAAGCAAUAAUGGCAAAAAUAUUUAUUUAUGUAGACAUACUACAGCAGGGGAGGGGGGUCUGCCAUCACAACCACAGCUUACCAGUAAUUCUUCCUUCCUAUACUGAAGUAACUCUGUUGCAUUGACUCACAUACACAUACUAUCAAGUUCUCAUGUGUUGCCUUGUUAUGUGGACUUCCUAACAACCAUUGCCAUUUUCUUACCAUUUCCUUGGUGAGCCCCAUUAUGAAGCAGAUAGAUCUAAAAGGAAUGUUUAUACACCCCAUAUAAUAACAUUCAGUAAACAGGUCCCAUAUACACCCCAUAUAAUAACAUUCAGUAAACAGGUGAGGUCCAUACUCUUCUUUGUAUUUAUAUAACUUUCUGGAGGAUUGCUUGAGCAAACCAAUGAGAUGGAUCAGCAUAUUAGCGCCCCUGAGUGCGGUUAUCCUCUGAAGACUUCAAGAGGGGCCUAAAUCCCGUUAAUGCACCUUGGAUGAGUGCUUCCCUCCCCAGAGCCAAUUUCUCUUUAUCACCAAGGAGAUCUUUGCACCCAGUGCCACUCGCCAUUAUCAUCUGCCUGGAGAAGGCUGCUGCUGCUGCUGCUGCUGCUGCUGCUGCUGUUUCUUGCUCGUUUGGAGGCCUGCAUCUAUCAGAGCCCACAGCAGUAAAUCCUCCAAACGCCACGGCUGUCAUAUGACCAGUGUUUUUUUUUUCCACCCGCUACCCUUUCUUUCGUUCUCUUUUUUUUUGGUUCCAAUGUUUCAAAUGGAUAAAUAAAAAAGCCAUAAAUAUUUGUUUGCCAGGAGACAGAACUAUUUAACAUCCAUAAAACAACCCACAGCAGUCCUAGAUUUUGUAGUCUGUGUAUUUUUCUGGUGAGUGGCUUCAAGGCAAGUUCCACAGCUGGCCUGUGGUGGGUUGUGGUGUGUAAAACAAAAAAAGCACAAGGUUUGACAAUGUAGUUGUUCUACUAGACACGUCAGUAAACUAACCCUUUAUAUCUUCUGUAGGCAUGAAUGUCAACUUUAUACAAGGAUAGCAUACCUAACUGACUGUCUGAUGUACACUGCAUAAGUACUUAUAUACUGUCCCAUUAUACAUCCGUUGAUGAACUCCCCAGAGCAACUUUAGGUUUUCUGCGUAUUACGUAACCUGUGACCUGCUGCUGUAGCUGAAGUCUAUAUAAGGUUGUCUACCCAGUGCCCAGAGAGGCAGUGUCAUUUUACUGAUGACUUGUAAAUGUACUAUUUCAAAUAAACACCUCUAUUCUCUAGUC